CUCUUGACCUGACGACGCGACUGCACCGAUAUACGAUAGCGAAUCGCCGUAGGCUGGCAUACUGGACUGUAAAUCACAUGAGAGCCUCAUAGGACGCACCUUGUCAGCUCGAGCCAAUGACAGAGGUGCUAUCACCUCCUCAAGCCAAUGGCAACCCCUUAGUCGGGUUGGCUGUCGCUGUCAUUUAUGCUAUUCUCUAUGUCUUGGACGUGAUCAGGACCUGUAUAGGAUGGCUCACCAUCAGCUUGCCAGGUUUGAUUGUCCGGAUGCUGCAGUACUCCUUCACCAUCUCCUUGACUUUCCCAACCCUCCUCGCCAUCACCGUUGGAGGCUUGGUCGGAUUGACAUUCGUGAUUCGAUACAGAUACCUGGCUCGAUACACUCAGCUCAAAGAAGCUGCUCUACCUCCACCAUCACCGGAGACGUUGACGACCGAGCUCUUGCCUCUGGCCACGCCUGGUCUGGGUGAUCGGCGCAACCGCUCAGCUGCAUUUCACAAUUAUCUCGACGAUUUUUUGGCAGCCAUCAGGAUUUUCGGAUACCUAGAGAAACCUGUCUUCCAUGAGCUGAGCAGGCAUCUGCAGACCAGAAGGCUUGCGGCAGGGGACUCGAUAGAGAUAGGAGGGGGAGAGUUCUGGUGUGUAGUCGAAGGAAGGGUCCAGGUGUUCGCCCCGUCAGAGGAUGACAAGCCAGCAUCUGCUGCUGCUGACCCUUUGGACAAAAGUAGCUCGUUUAAUGGCUAUCACCUUCUGAAUGAAGUCUCGACUGGUGGCACACUGUCCUCGUUGUUCUCCAUCUUGCAUUUGUUCACGGAAGAUAUCAGGCUAUCCUGGGCGGUGCCUGCAGAUGCAGAUAGUCUGGCGAACUCACAGCACGGAGAACAGGGAACAGCUGCAGGCGAAUUUGAGCCCGCAAGGGCGAGAGUGAUGGAGGACGAGGAAACAGCACCAUUGCUGAUGCGUCGGAAACCAAGGCAAGAUUCUGAUGUCAGUCAAAUGGAAGGCAAACUUGGACAACGCUUAGCAAGCCCUACCGCCGCUUCUUCUCCGGAACCCCGACAGCUUUUUGGACAUGCUCGAUCGUACUCAGCAGGCAGCAACAAUAUCUCAGAGGACACCACUAUGGCCGUACACGACGGAUCUACCUCUGCACCGGAGACGAAAGCGACAACUCCAGAGUCUGGACCCGUUGAAUGGAUGACUGACAAGCCCAAGUCCCGGCCGGAAGCUCGACCGCACCCGACCCUGGGAAGCAUGCCUUCCAUCCGGAAGAGUUUCAGUCCCAAUCGCCCGUCUGAAUCGACCCCGCUCAGCAAGAGCAAUGCGUCUCAAAGCCGCAGACAGUCCGGUGAUGACUCACCAAGGAAUCAGCCUCCGGCAGCGUUAAUGAAAGGCACAAUUGCCCGAGCGACGAUGGACACCACUCUGGCUGUGAUCCCGUCGGAAGCGUUCAGGAAGCUCACCAGAAAGUUUCCCAAGGCCAGCGGGACGGUCGUCCAGGUUGUACUGGAAAGAUUCAGUCGAGUGACGUUCAUGACGGCACACAAGUUCCUCGGUCUGACACGCGAGAUCCUCCGCUCGGAGUCAUCACUGAACUCCUUGGUAUCGCAUCCUUUACCUCGCGGAUUCUACACUGGAGGUGGUAUGCAAGCAUUAAGAUCCCGCUUUGAACCCCGUAGAGAUCUUUCGCCGAGCCGCGGGCAUACCGAUCAAUCGAAUCUCCCUCUGCCUCGCGUUGCCACCAGAGAUUACUUUAACUACAUCCCGGCGAGUCCCACAGUCAAAGCUCCGUCCCUACCCUCCUUCACUCCUAGCAAAGCCACCACGCCCGCAGCACUGUCCGAAUCUCCGGCACAGCUACAUGCAUCUCUUCCCAAAAUCGAGGAGAAGGUCGACCUGUCGGAUCAUCAGGUCCCUGCAGUCGCUGAGUCUGCCGGAGACAUUGGCUGGAGUCCCGAUACGGCCAGACGGCACAAUCCCAGAUACAUGCGACAGACUUCAGCCAUGCGAAAGCAGGUCGCUGCAGGAGACCUUGCUAUGUCUAAAUUCAACGAUGGUGAGCCAAGUGGAGCGUACUAUCGAAAAUCUUUGCAGACCCCUGGUAUCCCGAGGCAAGAUACCUGGCGAGGGCGCAUGUCGGGAUCCGCCACCGAUCUGCAUAAUCAUGGUGUCCCCCUCGACUCAUCGCUUGGCGACAUUGAACAAGAACUUGAGAUCCGGGACGCAGUCAUGAUUUGUAUUGCUAAAUCUGUUGGACUGAUUCAGCCUCCGGACGCUGUCCCAGAUUCCAUUACUCAAUCUAUGGCUACCUCCGUUGGUGCGGCAUCACCUUCCGCUCCGAAUUCGCCAAUGUUCCCACCCAAUAACGCUGGACAUGUUCGGGGAGGUAGUAAAUCACCGUUUGGGAAUGUCUUGGACAUGAUGAACGCCUCCACGAAUACAGAUAACGUUGUUAGCGGGAUGCUGCGGGAGGCAGUCAUGGCUUCGGCUCGAGUAGAGGAUGACAUGAGCGUCAUGUCUGCAAGCCCGCACGAGAGCGGGAUAGUUGGCAAUGAUAUGAACCGGAACCUCUUGAAGGAUUUAGAGGGCUGUGUUGAGAUUCUAUUCUUCCAGAAGGGAACGACGUUGGUCAAGGAGGGCGAGAGAUCUCCCGGAAUAUACUAUGUCAUUGACGGAUUUCUCGACGUCUCCAUUCCAAGCCGAAGUGCUGGCGGCGAACCCAAGCAGCCGUCCACGAGUAAUCCGUUCAAUGAGAAUGGUCAUUCGCCUGACGUUCGUGGACUUCAUGGUCGCCAUUUCGGUACUGCUUUUGGGCUCGCAUCGGACGUUCCGAACGGGAGCAAGAGCGAAGCGGCGUCCCAGGACGAACAUCUUUACACUGUCCAGCCGGGUGGUCUGGCUGGAUACCUGGCCUCGUUAUGCUCAACCGAUUCCUACGUGAAUAUUCGAGCCAAGACUGACUCUUACGUCGGUUUCUUACCAAUGAGAGAUCUCGAGCGUAUACUAGAGCGGCGACCAAUCGUCCUAUUGACUCUUGCCAAGCGAUUGCUAUCUCUGGUCUCACCUUUGGUAUUGCAUAUUGAUGCUGGACUCGACUGGAUGCAACUGUCUGCGGGACAAGUCUUGUAUGAGAAAGGUGAUCGGUCAAAUGAUAUCUUCAUUGUGAUAAAUGGUCGUCUAAGGUCAGUGGAGGAUCAGGACAAGGGCGUCAAAGUGCUUCGAGAGUACGGUCAGUCCGACACCAUCGGCGAAUUGGACGUGAUCACCGCGGUCGCUCGGUCAGAUACUGUCCAUGCCAUCCGUGACUCUGAGCUGGUUCGCAUACCAGCUGCUCUCUUUGAUGCUAUCAGUGUGAAGCAUCCCGCGACGACUGUACAGUUCAUGCGCUUGAUAGCAGGUCGCGUAAAGAGGGCCAUGGGAGAGCAGUCGAACAAAUCACUAGAAGGCGGGGUGGAGCGCGGUGUCUCGGAUGUCAACCUCAAGACUGUCUGCAUCCUCGGGACCAACCGAAAUGUCCCCGUUUCGACAUUUGCUGCAAGGCUCAAGACUUCGCUCGAAGACAUGGGGGCAUCGACAUCAUAUCUGGAUCAGGGCACAGUCAUGAGGCAUCUUGGACGUCAUGCUUUUGCCAGGAUCGGGCAGCUCAAGAUAGCAGGAUGGCUCGCGGAUCAAGAACAGCAUUACAGGACGGUUCUCUACGUGGCAGACACCCCUCCGUCCAGUCAAUGGACCCUGACUUGCAUUCGACAAGCGGAUCUUGUCUUGAUCCUGGCAAUGGGCGAUGAUCCGGUCAUCGGAGAGUACGAGAAGCUCCUGCUGGCGACGAAGACGACGGCACGGAAGGAACUUAUUCUUCUCCAUGACGAGCGAUCUGUGGCUCCUGGCUCAACCCGACACUGGCUGCGGAAUCGACCUUGGGUCCAUGCUCACUAUCAUGUGGAGCUGCCCGGUGUAGUCACACCUGCACGAGCGAAUGCCAAUCUCCACGAUCCAGCUGCUCUCGCCGCUUUCAAGCAUCUCCGGGAACAAGUCGAAACACGAAUCAAGCGAUAUCGAGGUCUAAGACCGUUACGGCCACGCAGACCACCGCAUAUGAACGAUUUUGCUCGUAUCGCAAGGCGGCUUUGUGGCAAGCAGAUCGGAGUCGUCCUUGGAGGCGGUGGCGGAAGAGGUAUAUCUCAUAUCGGUAUGCUGCAGGCUUUGGAGGAGUACGGUAUACCGGUCGACGCGAUUUCGGGUUGUUCCAUCGGCGCAUUCGUCGGCGGACUGUACGCUCGAGGAACGGAUCUUUUAGAGACUACUGGAAGGACAAAGCAAUUCUCGGGGCGAAUGGGAUCGAUGCUCAGGAUUCUGAGCGACGUGACGUAUCCUUUCGUGGCUUACACCACAGGGCAUGAGUUCAAUAGAGGAAUAUACAAGGCAUUUUAUAAUACGCAUAUUGAGGACUUCUGGCUGCCAUUUUUCGCAAAUUCGACUAACAUCACACACUCACGAAUGGAGAUCCACCGAGCAGGAUAUGCCUGGCGUUAUGUGCGGGCCUCCAUGACCCUGGCUGGUCUGCUUCCCCCGCUUUCAGAUCAUGGGGAACUCCUGGUGGAUGGCGGAUACAUGGACAAUACACCCAUCGCGCCUCUUCGCGCGAAUGGUAUCCGGGAUAUCUUCGUAAUUGAUGUCGGAUCAGUCGACGAUACGUCUCCGAGGAAUUACGGAGACUCAGUAUCUGGCUGGUGGAUAUUCAUCAACAAGUUGAAUCCAUUUUACAAGCGAAAUGUCUUGUCAAUGACGGAGGUGUCAUCGCGACUCGUCUACGUUUCCAGUGUCAAGGUUCUUGAUGAUGUCAAGAAGGAUCCUAAUUGCCUUUACCUCGCCAUGCCAGUUCAGCAAUUCGAGACCCUAGGAGGAUUCAAAAAGUUCCAAGAGGUCCUCGCUGUCGGCCUGCAGGCUGGUCGAGAGGCACUCAAGAAUUGGAAAGAGGAGGGAAAGCUACCUACAGGUCUUGAGGACGAAAUCAAAGGAGCUGCGACUGUCCAACGGGGUGCUCGAUUACGACGCAUGUCCAUUUGAUAGCAGUCAAACAAUU